AUGGAGCUCAACAAGGCUUCAGCAAACUCGACCCUGAGCGACACACCCGGGCAGGUCCCAAACGAUGGAACUGGCAUCAUCCAGAUGGACGGCUACCUUGAGCCUUUCAAGGACGCGCUGAAGAGCCGCUUCUCCAAAGCACAGAAGUGGAUUCAGACCAUUGAAGAGACUGAGGGCGGCCUUGACAAGUUCUCGCGGGGUUACGAGAAGUUCGGCUUCAACGUCCAGUCCAAUGGCGACGUCGUGUACCGUGAAUGGGCCCCGAAUGCCCUGCGCGCCUACCUCAUUGGUGACUUCAAUGACUGGAACCGCGAUGCGACCCCCAUGACCAAGAACGACUUCGGUGUCUUCGAGGUUACCGUGCCUGGCCAGAAUGGUCAGCCCACCAUCCCCCACGACUCCAAGAUCAAGGUAUCCUUCGUCGUACCCAACGACCAUGCGCGCCAGGAGCGCCUGCCAGCCUGGAUCACCCGAGUGACCCAAGACCUCAAUGUCUCCCCCGUAUACGACGCCCGCUUCUGGAACCCUCCCCAGAAGUACGUCUGGAAGAACCAGCGACCGCCCAAGCCCCAGAGCGCGCGUAUCUACGAAGCCCACGUUGGCAUUUCCUCCCCAGAGCCCAAGGUAGCGACUUACAAGGAGUUCACACGUGAUAUCCUCCCUCGCAUCAAGCAUCUAGGAUACAACACUAUACAACUCAUGGCCGUCAUGGAGCAUGCAUACUACGCGAGUUUUGGUUACCAGAUCAACAGCUUCUUUGCUGCAAGCAGCCGUUAUGGCUUCCCAGACGAUCUGAAGGAGCUCAUUGAUACUGCGCAUGGAAUGGGCAUCACAGUCUUGCUGGACAUGGUACACAGUCACGCAUCUAAGAACGUGCUUGACGGUCUCAACAUGUUUGACGGCAGCGACCAUCUCUACUUCCACGAGGGUGCCAAGGGACGACACGAGCUGUGGGACAGCAGGCUGUUCAACUACGGUCAUCACGAAGUCCUGCGCUUCUUGCUCAGCAACUUGCGCUUCUGGAUGGAGGAGUACCACUUCGACGGUUUCCGAUUCGACGGAGUCACCAGCAUGUUGUACACCCACCACGGCAUUGGAACGGGUUUUUCAGGCGGCUAUCACGAAUACUUCGGUCCUUCAGUCGACGAAGAGGCAGUUGUGUACCUUAUGAUCGCCAACGAGCUUCUGCACACGCUCUACCCUGACUCCAUCACAAUCGCCGAAGACGUGUCCGGUAUGCCUGGUCUCUGCGUGGCACUCUCAUUAGGCGGAAUAGGAUUCGAUUACAGAUUAGCCAUGGCUGUACCCGAUCUUUACAUCAAGUGGUUGAAGGAGAAGCAGGACAUUGACUGGGACAUGGGCGCGCUUGUCUUCACCUUGACAAACCGAAGGCACGGCGAAAAGACCAUUGCGUACGCAGAGAGUCACGACCAAGCGUUGGUCGGAGAUAAGACUCUGCUCUUCUGGCUUUGCGACGCGCAAAUGUACACCAACAUGUCGAUUCUUUCAGAGCUCACCCCCGUCAUCAACCGAGGUUUGUCCCUACAUAAGCUGAUCCGUCUGAUCACGCACGGCCUGGGAGGUGAGGGCUACCUGAACUUCGAAGGCAACGAGUUUGGCCACCCCGAGUGGCUCGAUUUCCCACGCGAAGGCAACAACAACAGCUUCCACUACGCUCGCCGCCAGUUCAACCUUCCAGACGACGAGCUUCUCCGCUACAGGUUCCUCAAUGAAUUUGACAGCAAGAUGCAGUGGACAGAGGAGAAGUACGGAUGGCUCCACUCGCCUCAGGCCUACGUCAGCCUUAAGCACGAGGGCGAUAAGGUCAUUGUGUUUGAGCGUGCUGGACUGCUGUGGAUCUUUAACUUCCAUCCUCAGGAGAGCUUCACUGACUACCGUGUUGGUGUUGAGCAGGAAGGUACCUACCGCAUCGUUUUGAGCACCGACAACAAGGCCUUUGGUGGGCACGGCAACGUUGACGAGACUACGAGGUUCUUCACCACGCCAUUUGCGUGGAACGAGAGGAAGAACUUCUUGCAGGUGUACAUUCCUAGUAGGACUGCUAUCGUACUCGCGCUUGAGAGUACUCUAUAA